UAAACGUCCGAACUUUGUCAUCGCCUUUGAAGGGGCAAAGACAAGGGGCAGCAGAAGAAGAAGAAGAAGAAGAAGAAGACGACGACGACAUUUUGAGAGGGAAGAUAAAGAACCAGUCAGUCACUGCCCUAACCAGAGAGAGGGCUUUCGGAGAAGCUUCUUCCUUCCCCCACUUCAAUCAGCCUCUCUCCCCACCGCUUACUUCAUCGAAGGCAUCACAGCACAGGACUCUCGUGCCCCCCAUCAACGCCUCCAAGACCCCUUCUCCGGUUCUUCAACCCUCCUCCUUCCCUGUACCUCCAAUUGGUCCGUCAAUCUCACUCGCUGCUCCUCAGCCAUCAAUUGAAACUCCAUGGUCGUGUGCUUCUCGGAUUCCGCCAUUUCUGUUGUCCUUGCUCUCCCCGUUUCCGUCGGUUAGGUGCGGCAAGUUUUCCGUUUGUUUGAAUUCCCGGCGGUUGCGGACGGCCAUUCCCGGCUUUUCUGGAGUUGCAGGGUGUAUGAUGCUCGUCGAUGAUAUGUAAUAUCAGUGUGACCUACUUUUCAAAUUUCGUGACCGAUUAGAAGUCCGGAACUGGGCAUGUUCUGGUCCGUGAAGUGGCUCGCAGGUUCCUCGGUUUGAAAAUUGUCAUCUCAACUAUCCCGAACAAAUGGAUUAUCGGCGAGAGAAAACCGUGAGGUUUCAGGAUUGGACUUCAGAUAAAGAAACAGACGGUCAAUUUGCUCAGAAUGCUUGGGCAGGCUCUGGGAGGUUUAGAACUGCCCUAAGUGUAGUGUCUGAGAAGUUUCAGAACAGCCUGGGGUUCGGUUCCCAACGGAUGAAGAGCAUUGGAAAAUCUUGGAGAUCAUUUUCCAUUAAUAGUAUAUUGGCAAAAGGCUCGGAUUCAAAAAAGGAAGUUCUCGACCCGCAGGGACCAUUUCUUCAGAAGUGGAAUAAGAUAUUCAUGCUCUCUUGUGUGGUUGCGGUUUCACUGGACCCUUUGUUUCUAUAUGUACCCAUCAUUAACGACUCCAAGAAGUGCCUCGACUUGGACCACAAGAUGGAGGUCACUGCUUGUGUGCUGAGAUUCUUCACUGAUGUCUUUUACAUAUUACAUAUAAUUUUUCAAUUUCACACCGGUUUCAUUGCUCCCUCCUCUCGGGUAUUUGGAAGAGGUGUUUUGGUUGAAGAUACAUGGGCUAUAGCCAAAAGAUAUCUAGCCUCGUAUUUCUUUGUGGACAUCCUCGCGGUCCUUCCCCUCCCUCAGGUGGUGAUUCUUGUUGUCAUUCCAAAGUUAAGGGGUGCAAAAUCUUUGAACACAAAGAACUUGUUGAAGUUUGUCGUCUUAGUACAAUAUAUCCCAAGGUUUCUGCGGAUAUAUCCUUUGUUCAAAGAAGUAACAAGAAGUUCGGGCAUACUCACUGAGACUGCAGGGGCUGGAGCUGCAUUCAACCUCUUGCUAUACAUGCUUGCUAGUCAUGUGUUUGGAGCUUUCUGGUACUUGUUCUCGAUAGAGCGGGAGACUACAUGUUGGCAGAGGGCCUGUGAUCAGCAUCACACCACCUGUAGCCGUCAUUCUUUGUUUUGUGAUUAUAACAGCUCCAGCCUCAACACCUUUCUCAAUUCUUCCUGCCCCAUUCAGACGCCAAAUACUACACUAUUUGACUUUGGGAUAUUCCUUGAUGCCCUUCGGUUGGGGGUUGUAGAGUCGACAGAUUUUCCGGAGAAGCUCUUCUACUGCUUUUGGUGGGGUCUGCAGAACUUAAGCUCUCUUGGUCAAAACCUUAAGACAAGUACAUACGUCUGGGAAAACUGUUUUGCUGUAUUCAUUUCAAUCUCGGGCUUGGUAUUAUUUUCGUUCCUCAUUGGAAAUAUGCAGACAUACCUUCAGUCCACCACAACGAGACUGGAGGAGAUGAGGGUGAAAAGACGAGAUGCAGAGCAGUGGAUGUCCCACCGAUUGCUCCCUGAAACUCUGAGGAGCCGAAUUAGGAGGUAUGAACAGUACAGGUGGCAGGAAACCAGAGGAGUUGAUGAAGAAUAUCUGCUUCGGAAUCUCCCCAAGGACCUGAGGAGGGACAUUAAACGCCAUCUUUGUUUGGCUCUCCUCAUGAGAGUGCCAAUAUUUGAGAAGAUGGACGAGCAGCUGUUGGAUGCAAUGUGUGACCGACUCAAGCCUGUCCUUUACACAGAAGAGAGCUACAUUGUCCGAGAAGGAGACCCUGUUGAUGAGAUGUUGUUUAUAAUGCGUGGGAGGCUCUUGACUAUGACUACAAAUGGAGGAAGGACAGGAUUUUUCAACUCAGAGUAUCUGAAGGCGGGAGAUUUCUGUGGAGAGGAGCUUCUCACUUGGGCCCUGGACCCGCAUUCCUCCUCAAACCUCCCAAUCUCGACCCGAACAGUCCAAGCCUUAGCAGAGGUCGAGGCCUUCGCCCUCGUGGCCGAGGACCUCAAGCUCGUGGCCUCCCAGUUCAGGCGGCUCCACAGCAAGCAGCUUCGCCACACGUUUAGGUUCUACUCCCAGCAGUGGAGGACUUGGGCAGCUUGUUUCAUACAAGCUGCUUGGAGAAGGUAUGUUCGGAAGAAGCUCGAGGAGACCCUUCAGGAAGAGGAGAAUAGGCUUCAGAGUGCUCUAGCGAAGGGCGGAGGUAGCUCCCCCAGCUUGGGGGCCACCAUUUAUGCAUCCCGGUUUGCAGCAAAUGCCCUUCGGGCUCUGAGGCAGAAGGGCUCGAGGAAGGCGAGGAUGUCUGAGAGGAUUCCUCCAAUGCUGCUCCAGAAGCCUGCUGAGCCCGACUUUACCGCCGACGAACAAUAG